AUGGCUGCGCUGACGCAAAUUAAAGCUGCUGAGGUAUGCAGAUUGAGGAAUGAGCUGGAGAACAUCUUGUGUGUUUUGUCAGAAAACAUGUCUUUGCUAAACAACUCUAUUCUGAACGGCAGCAAUCGUAGGAAGAAGGAUUCUGAGCGAGUUGAAAUUGAGGAAGAGGAACGCCGUUUAAAACAUAUCCAGACCUAUGCCACCUGCAAGAGUAUGCUUUCUCGCAUUGAGGAACUUGUUAAACAAAGAGAAGAACUUAGGAAAAACGCGAAUACGCCCCUGAUUCUCUCUCGUGCCACACUUGAUGGCCUGAAGUCGAAGCGAGAUUUUUUGGAGAAUCGGUUGGAAACUCUUAAAUCUCGCGAAGAAUAUCUAGAAUCUCUAAAACAGCAAGUGCGCAAAGCUGCUCACUUCUCUACUGAUUUCGAAAGGCGUUUCAUGGAAAAGAAAUCACAACUAGCGUGUGCAAAGACGUACCUCAAUAGCCUUUCAUCUGAUACGUCCUCGCUAAAAUUGUCGGCGCUAGGACGUUUUGGUAGUGCUCUUGAUUCGAUGAAUCGGCUUUCCGCACUCCUUAAUGAAUUGCAGACCCAAUCAGGUGGUCAAAGCAUAAAUUUGGGAGCUUAUGCCGCCUUGGAGAUAUGUCGUUUGGCGCACAUUCCUCGUCUGGGUUCACGGGAUCCACCUUAUCUUUACAAGGAGAUCUGCAAACGCUUUAAUUCUGAUCCAUUUGUAACGCCCGUCGAGAAAGUUCUGGAAAGAAUUCACCAGAUCAUUGUGGAUGGUGACAGCAUCGAUCUGGUAAAUAAUGAGCUUGAUGCCGCACUUGGGAGCAUGAUGGAACUACGGAACGUCUUGCGUCCCUCUUUAGAAAAAAGCCGAGUCGAAGAGAAAGACGUUUGUGGCAUGAUGGCAACGGCUCUAAAAAAGGUCGCCUUCCACUGUGCCAAAGUAUCUGAAAAGCAAAAGCGCUUGGAAGAAUUGUGGAAAUAUUGGAGUGAGGGUUUUAAUAAUUCCAUCAAUGUGGAAGAAUUCAGCACAUUCAUCAAUGCUAACCCUGACCCCCUGGCGGAGAGUGAUUUACCCAAGCUGAUCGAGUCACCAAAUGGUGUAGAGGGAUCAGCUCAAGAGCAACAAGAGGAGGAUAUCUUGAAACAAUUUUGA